CCGGGACGGGGCCGGGCCGGGCCAUGGCGCCGCAGCCGCCCAGCCCCGGGCAGUACCUGCGCUCCGACAGCGGCGACUCCCACACGCCCAUGCUGACCGAGGGCUCCGCUGCCAAGCCCGCUCCCGGAGCCUGUCCCGGUGCCGGUGCCGGUCCGGACGGCGGUCCCGGGGCGGCGCGGGGGCAGCGGCGGCGGCGCUGCGGGCCGCUGUGGGGCAGCGUGGCCGUCAUGGCUAUCCUGGCCCUGCAGAUCGCCUCCACCACCGGCCUCUUCGUCUACUUCACCAUGGCCAUCUCCAAGCUGAAAUCCCAGGCUCCGGGCAGCGCCGAGGAGCUGCGGUGUCUGCAGAUGCUCAAUCAGCAGCCCGAGGGCUCCAGCCUGGAGGAGCUGAGCAGCAGCCAGGGCUGCCUCAAGCUGGCCAGCACCAUCAAAGUCUACGUGGCCACGGUGACUGAGAAUAUCAUCCGCAGGAGCGCCGUGAAGGAGGCCUGGCAGAGCUACUUCAACACCUCCGAGGGGCAGCUUCCUCCCAAAACAGCUGGGAAACCCUCGGCACAUCUCACCCUGCGCCCACAGAGUCUGGCUCAGGAUGGACACUCGCAGCGCUUCGGGAACCUGUCGCAGUCGUGCCGCCACGCCCUGACGCACUGGGGGCACAGCAGCCUGCAGUCCCACGUGCAGAACAUGACGUACAGAGCAGGGCGGCUGCGCGUUGAGCAGCCGGGCAAGUACUACGUGUACUCCCAGAUCUACUUCCGCUACCGCGGCACCGGCCGUGACUCGGGCCCACAGCUGGUGCAGUGCAUCCAGUGGCAGCCGGCCCACGGCCCGCCCGUGCUGCUGCUCAAGGGCGUGGGCACCAAGUGCUGGGCACCUGAGGCCGACUACGGGCUCCACGCGCUCUACCAGGGCGGGCUCUUCGAGCUCAAGGCCGGGGAUGAGCUCUUUGUCUCCGUCUCCUCCUUGGCCAUCGACUCCAACGAUGCAGCAGCCAGUUACUUCGGGGCCUUCCGGCUCGACCUGUGACCCCCCUGCGCUCCCACCUGGCCUGUGUGGCAAUGGCCCAGGGCUGGCACAGGGUUCUUCUCGCUGUGCUGAGCCUCUUGGCUCGUCCCUCACCACGAGGGACACGGGAGUGGCUGCCCACAGGGCCCUGCUGAGUUCGGUGCCACCCUCAGCCAUGAACCAGGAAGGGGCUCCAGGACCUACAGAGGACAUGCACAAGUGGGGAAAUGCCAGCCCUGGUGCCAGAGCAGCUCCCUGCAAUAGGACAGGCACCAGGGCCACGUCUGCCACUGCGACACAAAGUGUCCCCAUGGCAGGGUGACACCCAUGGGUCUGACCCCACCUUGGGCAGGGCUGUGGGACCAGGACCUGGGGCUGGGAGCACCCCUGGGGCACAGGGCUGGCACCUCUGGGCACAGCAAUGACACCCCUGGGGUACACAGUGAGGGCAUGGGGCAGGUCCCAGGUCAGCCUCUGGAAGGAGUGAAGGAGUUUCAGUUUGGGAGAUGAAAACCUGGGGCAACACCAGCCAUGGCUGCAGGGAGGGCAAAGGGCAGGACCGUGACACUGCCGCAGUCACCAGUCCUGGCACCACACCUGGCACGUGGCACCGGGGCACGUGGUGACCAAACCAGGCUGCACAGGACCAGGAGCUCAGCACAGCUGCUGACCAAGCAUCUCUUCCCAUGGGAUUUUGUGCCCCCCAGCCCUCAUGGACAGCACAGCCCCCAGUUCCUCACACCUCCAGCCCUGGCACUCCCUGCAGGAUCCCAGCUCUGGGUGAGCCCGGUGGUCGCAGCAGGACCUUGGAGGGACCAAACCAUCUUUUGGUUCAGGCAGGGCAGAGCAGGGCCCAACUGGCUCAGCCCAUGGACACUGGCACAGCCCCCUUUUCUAACUCCGCCUGUACUCUCUGUAUCCUAAUUAGCCUGGGGGAAUUUACAGACAGGCAUGGGGCUCCCAGGGAGGAUGGAAUAAAUCCUUGUACUCCAGCGUAGGUCUGGCCCUUUGCACCCAGGAUGGACCCAGAGCCAGGGGGAGCAGGGCUGGGGGUAACAAAAUCCAUUCUAAAAACCAUCCCCUUUCUUUCACCUCUCAUCCCCCGUCCUGCUGUCCCAACCACCUCGGUGACUCACAACAGGACUCCUGGCAUCCUCAAACACUCCCAGGAGCACCAAGCCUAUCCCACCCCUGGAGCAGCCAUGGGAGAGCAGGGCUGGGCCAGCAGAGCUGGGACUGCAGGAAAUGCAACAGGUGGCUCCAAGAUUUCCUUUGGGAGGGAGUUGAACAUAGACAUGGCCAGUGGAGCCAGCAGAGGUGGUGUUUGCCACGGAGGAAGCAGGGAAAGCAGAGAGCAGGAGAGCUGGGCUCAGUGCCAGGCAGCAGUGGCCCACACUGCUUUCCUGGAAAGGAGAGGGCUCGUGGGUGGGUGCAUGGGGAAAGGAGAACUCCAGCAGCAUCAGGGCAAAGAGCAGCCUCACCCUGUCUGUGAGAGCCCAGCUGGAAUUCCUGACUGUGAGGAACUGGCACAGGUUCUCCCAAGCAGCCUCAGCCCCUCUGGCUCCUCCCUGGGGCACCCCCUGCACACCCCCAGUCUGGCCAGGUGCUCCCACCUGGACAAGAGAAUCAGCCCGCAGCAGGAGAACCCAGCAGUGAAAACCCAGCCUCCACAAAAACUGCCUGUGCCAACACUGCCUGUCCCAGGACGUGCUCCAGGACAUUAGGAACAAAGUGUGGGAAGACCUGGAUGAGAGCACACCACAUUUCUCUCACUGAGGAAACAAAAUCUGCUGCACAAAUGGAGCAAAGUACUGAGGAUUUCUCAUACAGCUUUCCUGUUAUUGUUAAAAUUGUUUAUUAGAAAUUACAACUCACUAUUUUAAUGUGAGUAUUGCUGACAAGUUCACUCUAGCUCCUACUAGAAAGUGAAGUCAAUAGUCCCUAAACCAGCUCUGCAUCCCCUCACAGCCUCUGCCUGCACCUCCCUCAGCCUGGGGAGAGCCACAAGAAUAAACAACUCCCCAUCAUCUCUUCUGACCCUGUCCCCAAAACUGAGAGCCCAGCUCCCAGGCAGCUCAGUGCCCUUACAGUGUCCCUAAGAUGUCCCUGCAGUGUCAAUUCAGAGCCUCUGAGCCCUUCCUUAACAUCUUGAGCUGAAGGAGGACAGGCUCAGAAGGGAUAAUGGGGAGAAAUGCCCUGUGAGAGAGGUGAGGCCCUAGCACGGGGUGCCCACAGAGGCUGAGGCUGCCCCUGGAUCCCUGGCAGUGCCCAGGGCCAGGCUGGAUGGAGCUGGGAGCAGCCUGAGAUGGUGGGAGGUGUCCCUGCCAUGGCAGGGGUGGAACAGGAUGUUUCAUCAUCCCAACCCAAACCACUCCAGAAUUCUGUGACUCCGUCCUGCUCUGGCCCAGCCUGGGAGGCAGGGGGAGACUGCAGCACUAAUAACAUUUCCACACUGACCCGAUUUCCCAUGGCCUCACCCUGAGGAUUCAAUCCAGACACAAAGUGCUUCCUGCAGCCGCUGCCAAAGGACCCUCUUAACUCCAGUGCCGAGGAGCUUUUACCUCAGCCCAGGGCAUUCACAGCCUGAGCCUUCUCUCAAUAAAACCUGGACCCAAAGGUUCUCUUCUCCCUCUUUGUUGUUAUGAACCAUCUCACUGCUACCUCCAAGUCUCCAUCCCUGCCCAGACACGAUCUCGUUUCUCUUUCAAGUCCCCAGCCUGGUCCAAGUUCACAGCAGGGAGAGGAAAUCCACGUCAGCAGGGCAGGAAAUCAUUCCUGGGGCCACUGUAAAUAAAGCAUACAAAGAGAGGCAGUGGGGUGUGGUGUGAACCCAGCAGUGCCCCCCACUCUGCCCCAGGGCACCAGCCCCGCCACGCCGGCAGGAAUUCAGCCUGAAAAAAGGGGUAAACGAAACAGAAACCUCUUUGUACAGCACGAAGAAUUCAUGGAGCUGCGGGAUGCUCCUUAAACCCUCGGGAAAACACGAAUGCUGUUACUGGGGCGCUGUGAGCAAGCAGGGAGGGGCUCACUCAGCUCAGCUCAGCUGUACUGCAGGAGGCUCAGCCCAUCCCCUGUGGAAUCCCUGGUUUGAGUGGGAAGGACCUUUAAAUCCGUUUAGAGCAAUCCCAUCCCAGCUGUGCUUUUCCCAGCCCCUUUCCCUCGGCCCCACUUAGACCCCAGAGGGAAGAAAGGAUUUCUCCCCUUCGCAGGAGCCAGAGGCAGCAGCAGGGCCGUUCCCCCCAGCUCCCUCUAGGGCUCAGCACCCCUGGGCAGAGCAAGCUGAGCACAAGGGAAUAGCUGAACCACGGAAUCAGACUGGUUUGGGGUGGUACCUUAAAGUCAGCUCCCCCCAGUCCCAUCCUGCCCUUCCAGCAUCCCAGAGCCGAGGGCAUCCAGCCCUGGCCCCAGAGAGGUCCCAAAAACCACGGGCCAUAAAUGAGAUAUUGCAACUCCCUGGUCAUUCUGGGUCAUUCCUCCCGUGGAUGGAUCUUCCUGGCUCUGUCUGCACCCCCGUGUGCCAAAGGGAACACCAGGCUCCUCCUGGAGUGAAGUGAUGGAAGAGCAGGAGCUGGGCAGGACAAAGCUCUCCUCACCAUGAUGAAAAACUCCUGCCUGUACCCAAAGUGAGCCUCCCUAAAGCCUGGCCCUGCUGGGCUUUUCCUGCCCUUCCCAGACAGGACUUUCCCCGGACAGCAUCCCAGGACUUUCUCUCACUGAAAGAACAAUCUGUGACACAAACAUAGCAGCAGCUGAGGAGAACAAGGAGCUGCUGGGCAGCUGCUUCCUGCCCCGGGCUCCCAUUCCCUCUGCAAUUCCCUCUGACAGCUGCAGGUCCCCCUGACAGCUGCUCCCUGUCCUCCUGCUUCCCCAAGAGCAGCUGACAUGAGCCACCAGCCAGCUGGGGUGUUCCAUCUGGGAUAACCCUGCACACAGCUUUCCCUUUUGGCACCUUACCUUGGCACUGGGCUGCUGCAGCCUUCCCACCAGGAGAGGAAUCCGCUCGUGGAUCACGGAUCUAAUUGAGGCAGAACCACAUUUCCCAAGCUGGGACUCUCCUGAGGAUGGGAAGGUGAGGAGAAAAUAGAAAAGCUUGGUGUUUCUGGUGUCCCAGGUGUGCCACAGCAAGAGAAGCCAGCCUGUAUGGGACAGGCAUUCCUAGAAAGGAGUUCCCAGGGGAUUGGGAGAAGGCAGCUUCUUCCCUGAACUCAGCCCCAGCUCCCAGGAGCAUCCACUUGCCCUCCAAACAGAACAAGAAAAGGCAUUUCAAAGCAAAGCUGCUGCUGGCAUGGGCUGAAGCAGCACGUGAAGAAUUCCAACCAUCUCCUGCUGCAUAAAACCACCACAGACCAGUCCAGGCAUUUAUUUUCCAAGCAGAAGGAACUGGAUCCAUCAGUGACAUCUCAGGUUGAAGCAACUUUGAGCUGUACAAGGAUUGAGACAUCAGGUGGAAGCAGCAGAGCAGGGACUGGCUGCUGGAUGGCUUUGGAAGAUCAAGAAUCUGGCUUCUGCUCCUUAGAAAGACAAGGAAUUUGUUUGUAUCAGAUUUUCAAAGGGGCCCAGCCAAGUCCAGCCAAGAGUCCCCACUCCCCACAAACACGACACAGCUGAGAACAGGACGAAGAGCCUCCCAAAUCCCAGUGAAUGGGCACAGUUCUAUAAACAGGAAAAUCAUUUGGUCAGUGCUGGGACAGGGCCUGGGGAGCACAGGGGGCUGUGAUGGGGUUUCUUGCAUAGUUGUUGGCCAAAGGAGAGCUAGAGCAGUGGAUUCCUGCUGGGAAUGCCCCAGCUGGGAUGCAGGAGGGAGCAGGAUCAGCAUCCCCAGGCACAGGACUCUCAGUGGGGCACGGGGAAAGGAGCCAGCUGUGCCAUCCCCAACACCACCAGGGCUUGGGAAGGGCACGGAUUCAGGACUCAGCCUCUGGGAUUUCACUGCUGUGCUCAGAGGAAAUCAAGGAGAAGGAAUCCUUGGGCAGGGAUCGGAGAAAGGGAGCAGGAUGGGGAGACACCUGUGAACCCAUCCUUCUUCCUCCUUGGGGUUCUCCUGACAAGGCAGCAGCAGCGUAAUUAAUGCAUGCACUAAUUAAUCAAAACCAGCAUCUUCCCAAUCAGAAACUGGGCCCAGUUUUAAGGAGACCUGAUGUGGGGGUUUUGUUUGUUGGUUUUUUUUUUCCUUCUUUCAGCCAAGCAGCCUCAGCCGGGCAGAUUUCAUUUUUCUCUCCCCUAUUUUGGCUUCCCAAGGUUGUGGUUUUUCCUGAUGGACACAACUGGGAAUAGACCAUGCUGAGCCCAGCCCUGUCCCUCUGUCACCACCUGAACACUGUGUGCAAAACCAUCCUGCCCCUUCCACACCUCUGGAGGUACACAAACACCUUGGCUUUUCCUCCCCACAUUUGUGACAGUAGGUCCAACAAAAGAGGAGGAAAUAAAUACAAUUCUCUAA